GUUUGCUGAGUGUGUCGGGGUUGGGAGACAGUGAGAGUCGAGCAGCGCAGUGGCGGACAGUUUCCGCUUCCCCUCUUUCAUUCUCACAUCAGAUACUAUGCUGACUGCUUCCAGUCUGGGCUGGCAAUAGAACAGAAGGGCUGCUGAACCCCCACAACCCCAUGACUUUGGUUUGGCCUGCCAGUGAGUAGGAGCUCUAUGUGGAUCAAGACUUGAAGAAGGAGCACCUGAGACUGGUGGUGACCUAACUGCACCACUCUCAGCUCUCUACCUGGAGUCUCCAGGCCCCAUUUCAGCCUGAUCCCAUUGUCCUCUUCAUCACCCUUCCCUCCUGCUGCCUGUGGGAACCGAAGACCACCAUGUCUUUCUUAGCUUCUCCACCCAUUUUCCUCUUCCUCCUCUUCCUCCUCCCACUGCCUCCCUGCCAGCCAGAGUCCCAGCGUGGUGAGCCAAGUGUUGUCCCCGAGCUGAGAACGGUCUUGCCCUCCACGUUUCCCUUCUCCUUCCCACCCUCCCUGUCCUACGGAAACAGCACAGGACUUGGGAAUAAAGACAAAUGUGAGGAGGAGACUGUGUGCAAACCCGGAAUCCUGCUCCCCGUGUGGAAGCCCAACCAGCCUGGACUUGGCUACCAGGUGGCCAGAGCUGUGGUCUACUUUGUGUCGCUCAUGUAUAUGUUCCUGGGAGUAUCCAUCAUUGCUGAUCGCUUCAUGGCAUCCAUAGAGGUCAUCACAUCACAGGAGAAGGAAGUGACCAUCACUAUGCCUAACGGGGAAACAUCAGUGGCAACAGUUCGAAUCUGGAACGAAACCGUUUCCAAUCUGACACUCAUGGCUCUCGGCUCCAGUGCCCCAGAGAUACUGCUGUCGGUUAUAGAGGUUUGCGGUCAUGGCUUCGAGGCCGGUCAGCUGGGGCCGGGGACCAUUGUUGGCAGCGCCGCCUUCAACAUGUUUGUAAUCAUUGGGAUCUGUGUGUGGGUGAUCCCCAAUGGGGAGUCACGCAAGAUCAAGCACCUCAGGGUGUUUUUUAUCACUGCAUUCUGGAGCAUCUUCGCCUACAUCUGGCUCUACCUCAUCCUGUCUGUCAUGUCUCCAGGCGUCGUUGAGGUCUGGGAGGCCCUGGUAACCCUGCUCUACUUCCCGGUGUGUGUCAUCCUGGCUUGGAUUGCUGACCGCCGCCUGCUCUUCUAUAAGUAUAUGGGCAAGCGUUACCGUGCUGACAAACGUCACGGCAUUGUCGUGGAAACCGAGGGUGACUUGACUCCCAACAAAGGUGGCAUGGAAAUGAUUGCAGACAGCAAGUUCCUACUUAGAGGGAAUGACGCGGUUCCUGCGGAAAACUGUGGGGGUGGUGCUCAGGAUGGCACAGCCGGCGCUGCAGCCAACAACGUCGGUGCAGCAGGAGCCGUGGCUGCCGGGGGCAACCUGCCCAACUCCAACAGUGCAAUGGUCAAUGUGGAGAGCAGCAAGGAGCUGGAUGAGAGCCGCAAAGAGGUGAUUCGCAUCCUGAAGGAGCUGAAGCAGAAAUAUCCUGAUAAAGAGUUGGACCAGCUGGUGGAGCUGGCCAAUUACUACGCACUGCUGCACCAACAGAAGAGCAGAGCCUUCUACCGCAUACAGGCGACUCGUAUGAUGAUUGGCGCUGGCAACGUCCUGAAGAAGCAUGCAGCCGAUCACGCGCGACGCGCUGUUGUAGCUGAUGAGGAGGCCCCAGAAGACGACGACCUGGCCGUAUGCAGCCGCAUCUCAUUUGAGAGCACCCACAGUCAGUGCAUGGAGAACUGCGGCGUUCUGAUGCUGACUGUCGUCUGUCAAGGAGGUCUGGGAGAGAACACCUUCUAUGUGGACUACAGAACGGAAGACGGUUCAGCCAACGCUGGGUCAGAUUACGAGUAUACUGAGGGAACGCUGGUGUUCAAACCCGGAGAGACUUCUAAAGACAUAAAGAUUGGUAUAAUUGAUGACGACAUAUUUGAGGAAGAUGAACACUUCUUUGUCCGCCUACUCAACCUUCGUGUUGGCGAUGCAGAGGGGAUGUUUGAAAGUGACGAGGUGGGUGCCACCCCGAAAGCUCGUCUCGUUGAGCCCCUGGUUGCCACGGUGACAAUCCUGGAUGAUGACCACGCUGGCAUCUUCACCUUCAGUGAGCGUUUGGUGCGUGUGAGCGAGAGUGUGGGAACCAUGGAGGUGACUGUGGUGCGCAACUCCGGGGCGCGUGGCACCGUCAUCUUGCCGUACCACACUGAAUCCGGGACCGCCAAGGCAGGAGAGGACUACGAGGAUGCACGAGGAGAGCUGGAGUUCACCAACGACCAGACCAGUCAAACUCUCCAGGUGAGGAUAAUUGAUGAUGAAGAAUAUGAAAAACAUGAAAACUUCUUCAUCGUGUUAGAGGAACCCCGCUGGCUAAAGAGAGGAAUCUCAGCUCUGCUGCUGAACGAAGACGGGGUAGAGGGGCAGAUGAGUGCUGAAGAGGAGGAAGCCCGAAGGAUAGCUGAGAUGGGGAAACCCAUUCUGGGAGAGCACAGCCGCCUGGAGGUGGUCAUCGAAGAGUCCUACGAGUUCAAGAGCACCGUGGACAAGCUCAUUAAAAAGACCAAUUUGGCACUGGUUAUCGGCACACACUCCUGGGGGGAACAGUUUGUGGAGGCGGUCACUGUCAGUGCAGGUGACGGCGAUGAAGAUGAGGAGGGUCGUGAGGAGCGCCUUCCAUCUUGUUAUGACUACUUUAUGCAUUUCCUCACCGUCUUCUGGAAGGUUCUAUUUGCUUGUGUCCCACCCACAGAGUACUGGAAUGGCUGGGCCUGUUUCUUUGUGUCCAUUAGUGUCAUUGGUGUCCUCACCGCCAUCAUUGGUGAUUUGGCAUCGCAUUUUGGCUGCACCGUGGGGCUGCGGGACACUGUAACUGCAGUGGUGUUUGUGGCACUGGGAACUUCUAUUCCAGACACUUUUGCCAGCAAAGUGGCUGCUGUGCAGGACCAACAUGCCGAUGCAUCUGUUGGAAACGUUACCGGUAGCAACGCCGUCAAUGUGUUCCUGGGUAUCGGUGUGGCAUGGUCAGUGGCUGCCGUCUACUGGAAAAUCAAAGGAAAGGAGUUUAGGGUGGACCCGGGGUCACUGGCAUUCUCCGUCACACUCUUCACCAUCUUCGCUUUUAUCUGCAUGGCUGUUCUCCUGUUCAGACGCCGGCCCUCCAUCGGUGGAGAGCUCGGCGGCCCGAGAGUACCCCGCCUCCUGACUAGCCUGCUGUUUUUUGGUCUGUGGUUCCUCUACAUCCUCUUCUCCAGUCUGGAGGCCUACUGCCACAUCAAUGGCUUUUAAAAAGGAGACGACGACGAAUGUUGCAGAAGAAUAUUGCACUGCAACACACACAGCCUUUAUAUUUCAACCCUCAGUUCAUACAGUCCACUGUUUGACAUGUUUAACAGGGCUAUCUUCAGCCUGAAGGUGUUCUGGUCUUUGACGCAGGGAUGCUAAAAUAAUUCAGAUACAUGUUCACACACACAAUAUGUACACAUGUGUAAACAGAUAAUUACAAACACACACAGUUGGAAUGAUAAAAUGGCAGGAGGAAGUGCUAGUGAGGGUGCAGAGAGAGACAGGGGGUAAUUGUCAUGUUGACAUUUUAGAGGUUAAAGGAAAGUCAGGAGAGCCUCCACAAUGCUGUUUAUAUAUAUCUUUGGCAGAGGUGGUUUACUCCCAUCACAGUGGGUUUACUUUGGACUGGAAGAGCGGUCCUGCAGGAUCUGACCUCUAACAGAGGAGCAGACAUGUUACUGUAAAGAAAAAAGAAACACGUGAACAUCAGGCAGAUUUCUUUUAUAUGAGUUGCCGUAAAGGAACAUAAUCUUUCUCUCCUAUCUCCCCACUGUACCACAGACUGUACAGCUUCAUGUUUUUACACUGAGGAGGUGGAACACUGUGGAAAAAAAUGAGUCAAAUGUUUACAAAACAGUAACAUUACAUUUGUUUACUACGGUACGUUCUCAUAUAGAUGCGAUUCUUGUCUAAUACGCAGUAUAGAUUAAGGCAGUCCUCCACAUGCGCUGUAAAUAAUAAAUCCCAGUGUACAUGUAAAUUGUAGUGUUUUCCAGAGGCAGACAGGGAGGCCUAUCACUGAAAAUUUCAGAAUGGAUGUGAAAAUGCAAAACUACUAAUCUGCACAAUUGAAAGAAAACUGAGGAAAACCUGUCAGAUUUCUGUUCUGCCAGAAAAGUUUCAGUGCUUCAAAAGUUUAUGCAGAGUUGAGUAUCAGAGAUCCCAAACAUUUGAUUGAUAUGCUGCUUUAAAAAAAAUACAAAAAAACGAAGAAAACAAAAGCAAAAGGGAGCAAAAACGUGGCUAAAUGUUCUUGAAGAGCAGCCAGUCAGCUGUGUCUCUUUACUUAAUAGUUUCUUUGGGAGCCACAGCCUCUUCAAUAGAGCUUUGUACAUCAAAAUGAAGAAUCAUUUUUGCAUGAAUAACUUGGCAGACCAUCUUCACAUUACAUGUCACAUAUGUUAAAGGGAAUAAGCAGAAUCCAUCUGUAAAUAACAUUUAUGUUUCAGCUUAGUGGACAGAAACCACCAGCCGGUCUUUGGAGCUGAGUUUUCCUGCAUUAAGCAGGCUCUGUUUGCAGAGAGCUUUAAACACUGGAAACGUGGAUGGACACAUCCAUACAGACUGAAAUCUAAGCGCAGACUGAACUCCAGUUAAUCACUGAGGCAUUGUGUUCAGUGACACAGUAAACCCUAACUGUGUCAUGUAACCUGAGGGACUAUUCUUUUACUUUUAAUAACAGAAGCAGAGGCAGAAACACAUGCACGGAUAGUCAAACAAGAAAAGUGUUAGUUUACAAAAGUGAUGCUUCUGAAGCCACCAAAGUACGAUUUAAUAAGUUUAAACUGAAAACAUUCAAGUAAAACUCUUAAUAUUCAAGCUUUCAGCUGUAUAAACUGCCCAGGCUGCACUUUGUUUGAUAUAAUUAAUACAUAGUGUUGUGUUUCUCUUACUUGAGUGCAAUACAUGAAACUGGUUCUGCUGACUAAUGUAACACUGGAUCCAGAUGGAACCAUCAUGUUUCUCAUCCUGUAAGAAUGUAUUGUAGUAAUUUAUCCAUCCAUCUCUGCUUGAAAGCACAAUAUAAGUACCAGACAGGCUAAAAAUGACUUCCAUCUAAACUGACUGUCUCUAUGUUGUUUAGAAGAAACAAAUGGGAUCUGUCUCAUUUUAAUCCUUUCAGCAGGCAACUGUGCUUUAUUUUGCAGACUAUGUUUUCAGAACUAUAAUGUCUUUAUCUGAAAUGAAAAGUCUUAAAUGCUAUCUCAGUUUAGCACCACAGCAUAUGUUGAAUACAUAGGAAAACACAUAAGAAAGCACAGCCCUGCACGUGAUCAGUAUUGCAUCAAAGACUUGGGACAAAUGUUCACAAGCUACUGAAACUACCGGCUGCUAAAUAGAAAGCAAAAAUCCAUCAGAAUAGACGACUAGUGACGCACAGACCUAAACUACAUGCAGAAAUCCACAAAUUUGCUGCGACAUUUGCAUGCUGACAUUUUAAGGUUAUUACUUUGAAUAUUGAAGAACACAUGAAGUCAGUGCUUGAAAAAUGUCACAGCUAAUGUGGCGAGCAACACAUAAAAUUAUAGUAUAGUAAUGAUAGAGCAAUGAGCUAUUAGCUUUGACAAGAGACUUGAAUCGUUAUUAUUCUGUAAUUUUCACUGCCUAAUAUCAGUCACCUUAAAUAUGAAUUAUGUGAGGACAUUGCAUUACAAAACUCCCACCCACAAACAAUAAGUGCUUAUACAUGUGAUGGUUAUUACUGUUAAUACACACAAUGUCAGAAACAAUUGAAUCGUUUACCCAAACUAACAACUUUGUAAACUUUCUAAAGUCAGUUUUGUAUCUUUUCCUUGCAGAUAUAGCCAAGGUAGACUUUUUGUAUUUCUAGACAAUGUUCAGAUUAAUAUCCGUGAGUAAAGCAGGUAGUGUAGAUUACAUUGUUGCUGAAUUUAGUGGAUUAGAUUUUGAUAUAUUUCUCACAAUGAGGAAGUACCCUUUUAACUCCUCCAACAGUGUCAGAGUGUAAAAUAGCCAAACAUUGCAACAUCUAAUAUAUAGAGGUACUGUUUUUUGUUUUGUUAUUUUUGUCUAUUUUUUUAUUUGUGUUUCUCUUCAUUAGAUAGUUUAUUAUUUACAGAGGAUAAUUUCUGUACAGAUAAGCUGUGCCGCAGGUCCUUGAGGUAAACAGUUUGGGGUUUAGUUCAAGGAUUGUGGUCUUGAUGUGCAAUACCAGAAAAAGGUCAUCUGCAUCUUAUUUCAUUAGCAGCUUUGAUGGGAGCUCAGUUCACAUCUCUUCUUGCUGCAGUGUGUGUUGUAACCCUCCAUGCAUUUCUUCACCCAGUCCUUGUGAAGGAGGGGUUUUUAGUGUAAGUAGCUUGUUUACAUGAGGAAACAGUGUAGAACAUUGCCAGUAUAAUUGUCUCAGGCUGUGGUGAUCUGAACUGUUGUAGAUAUUAAUGGUGGCUGUGCAGCACGUCAGAGCUGUGUGAGGCUGGAACCGUCGCUGAACUCUUGUCAACUUCCUAAACCACCAGGUGGGACCAAGAUAAUGCAUUGCACCUACACUGGUCAGCUGAACUCUUGUAAUCGGUGGCUGUGGACUAAGUGGAUCACCUCCCAUCAUCUGCCCAGCAGAUGUGACCCAGAUGUGGCUCAACAGCCAGAAACAGGACUGUCCACAAUGUCCAGACAAUGUUCCAUGUUUCCAUGAACUUCUGUACUAACUGUCGGCUUCGGCCUUGGCUGUUCUGUAUUUAGAUGUGACGCCUCCCCCAUCCGGCCUCACCCUCUCACCCACCCCUACCUAGUGUACGUCCGUGUUCGCCUUCCCUCUGUGUCCCCCUGCACAUGCAUGAUGAAUCCUCGUGUACGUGUGUUAGCUGCAUGGUCUACUGUGAUGGACGCCUAGAGGCAUAUUUUAUCAGGUUUGAUUUCCAAAUACAAGUGUCUCUUUGUGAAAUACAGCAAGUGUAACACACAGACACACAACCACAGUUCCAUUCACACACAGAAACACACACGCACACGGCUGUCUACAGCUUGUUUUGUUACCUUUUGCUGUCAAAAGAGAGCCUACUCUUUGUGUCUAAGCUUUUUCUGCAACAAGCAGCAUUCCAGGUCAUCCUUUUGUUUGUUAGCGUAUGAUAUGUCUGUGUUAGUGUUCACCUUCCUCUUUUCCUCUUCCUCCCCCAUCCCCCCAGGUCUUGCUCUUCAAUGUGUCUCUUUGUGAAAUUGUUUCUUGUGAUGAUGAAAAUUUCUCUCUGCCUGAAUCUUUGUAGGGAAAUUAUGACUGAGUUACUACAGUAUAAUGUGACAUUUAUUCAGUAUUGUAAUAAAUUAACUGAAGAUUAUAUUUAAUUUUUUUUAAUUAAAUGUAAGCAAAAAAUUCUUUGGAAAAAAUUUGUUUUUGAAAACAUGGCAUGAGGUGUAAUGUGUUAUUGAAAGAAAAUGAAGGUCUUUAAUCAAGUGAAGUUGACCUUAGUUAAAUAUAGUUUAUUUAUUUUCAA